AUGAGGUGUCACAGUGUGCCCUGGGUAAGGUGUCAAGUGUUUACAUUGGUCAGCAUAAUUAUAGCUGCAUGCAAUGGUACAUGUAUGAUCGUAAUGGAGGAGGUGGCAGGACCUGACAAAGACCCACUUUUGGCAGACUUUUUCAAUGAAUACUUGAGCCUGGAGGUAUUUGGAAUAAAGCUGACGUACAGGAGAGGGUGUCUACAAGAAGUGGGAGGAGCUCUGUUGCCUGGGAAACAAGAUCAAGACAAGUUACUAAAUUGGAAUUGGUGCACUGAGCAUCGAUGGAAAUUUUUCCUCAAGUCUCGAUUGUACACUGAGUUCAAGUUAUGCUCAUUUCUGUUUACAAGGCAGGCUUCUGUUUUGAAAGAAAGCUCCACCUGGCCCUUGGAGCCGGCUUUAUCUCCAUGGGGACCGUCUCGCCAGCAAUCUAAUUCGUUGCCAGUUAAAGAAACCACAAUGGAUAACAGAUAUGAGGACUACAAGCGGUUGAGGGGCUUCCUAGUAGGUACUCAUGGCGAUACACUCAUCCAGGUCUGGCUGAACCUGGAGGCGUGGCAAGUGGGUGUGGUCAAUGAGUGGUGGAGUGCUCUGUGUGCUAUUCGAGAGCAGUGUUCGGCUGUGCCAGGAUUGGUCAAGUACUCGUGUGGUGGACCCAUGGAGACAGGUGCAUGGGUGGAGGCAGUAAAGAUAGAGUGUGAGGACAGACUGGGGAAUUACUGGUUGCCGAGGUUUAAACAUAGAGGUCAAAGAUUCCAAAUCCGUGACUCCUCUCUGAUGUCAUACGACAUGUCAUGUGAUCCAAACGAACCGUUCAAAAGAGGACUACGAUGUAACCAGAAUGCUGGGCGUCCAUUUGAGAGCUUCCUUCAAAGCUCGGAUUUGGAGCAUUGUAUACAUUGGGUCAAGUUAUGGGAGGCUCUGGAUUGGAUUCUGUUGAUUCAGCAAUCUAGAAGCGAUCAAUAUGUGGUUCGAGAAGGGUGGAGACUUUGGAGCCUGUUCAUUGAUGGUCAAUGUGCAUUUGAUUGUGGUAACUCGUUGAUGGAUACUUAUAUCACUCGUGACAACAAAGAUAGCCUUUUGAAGAGUCUCACAGAAUCCAGUCGAUGCUCUGUUGUCAAAGACUUGACUCUAAUUCAGGAUGUGCUGCUGUCAAGUCUCAAGAGAGUCUGGACUCAGUUUUUAAGGCUGGACCACCACUCGUUCACACAGUAUAUCAACGUUUCUGCUGUGUCAACUAUUGGUAGCCCAAAACAGCAGGCCUCCUCCAACAAAUCACAGAACUCAAGGAGACAAAAGAAAGCUAAAGAUUCUGAGAAAUUUAUGCUUGAUGUGAAAGGAACACCAUUCGAGUCUUUAGAAGAUUUUGAUCAGACCUUGUUGUGCUUCGAGCAGUAUCUGUUCUCAAAAUGUGGCCCAAAUUCACAGUCAAGUUUCAACUAUCAUAUGUGGAAGAUGCUCAGAAAACUCACUCUGACUAAAGAACCUAAGAAAAGAGAUGCACUAGCUGUGCGCAUCUACCAAAAGUUUCUCUAUUUGGGCGCCAAACAAUUCCUUCAUUUGCCAGACUACCUGCUGAAGCAAAUAGACCAAACAGCUGUAAUGUGUCGCCCUACUAGCCCUACCCUGAAGGCACUGACUGAGUUUUCCUCACUCUACCUACAAACUACAGUCAACACGUUCCUCAGCAAGGGUCUAGACUCAGGCACUGAUGAAGUCAGUGACAGUCUCUUCCCUCCUCUGCACAACAGCAAAAGAGUCCGGAGGUGUAAGACUACCAGUGCAAUGCAGCAACGUAAUGAGACCCAACACCUCCUGUUCACACUGACCAGGUGUGUGGGGCCCAUCUCUCUUCAGCUGCAUGCGUUCGGUAAGUUCCUGGACCGUCAGUGCCUGCCCGGACAACACGGAAAACUUUUAAACAACGUCCGAUUUUGGCACGAGGUUCAGAAAUUCAACGCUAUGUUUGUUGAUGAGACUAGCAAUACAGUGCUUUUCCAUAAAGGGGAGGCUAUUGUGGAUCGAUACCUCGAUACUGCCUCGCAACCGUGGAUAAAAGUGACUGUUCCUGGUGAGCUGGCAGCGCAAGUGGUAUCAGCUCUGGGGGACCUGCACAGAGUGAAGGCCCGGGCACACUCAGAGCGACUCCAACAGCUACUUGAGAAGACCCAGGAGAUUGUGUUUGCUGAUAUAGCACCUUAUUGGGGUACCUUCUGUGCUCAAUAUACUAGCCCUGAUGGCUCAACCAUAUCAAUACCUUGCGCUGGCGAGCUGAGCACCCUUCCUAGUCGAAGACGCACCCUACAGCUGCCCCCCAUCACACAUCAGUCCAUCCACACACCACUACUCUCGUUCUCAUCUCUUAAGGGACUCAAAUGGAGAACUGCUUUUUAGUGUCUUGAAACUUGAAACUUAUGUGGUCUGUCUAUGCAAUUUUGUGGUUAUUUUUGUGCAUUCUUAAUUUCAUAUAGUGAUUUUUGAUAUUUAACAUUCAACAUUCAACCAGUUGCUGGUUUUUUUAUGUAGUACACAUGCAUAUAUUUAGACACAUGAUCAUGAUAAGAAGCUGUGAAUUUGUUAUAAUAACUUCAAAGUAGCUAUAUAGCAAUGAAUAAUAUAUUACAGUGAUGGAUAAUCGCCGUGGACCACACAGAGUAAAAAAAAUGAAGUGUAACAAUACUGAUGAUGUGAUAUAUAAUAAUAAGGCUGUGAGUGGGGGUGAGGUUGAGGUGACUAUAAUAAUUGUAUCCUAUAAUCCUCUUACUAUUAUACUAGAUACUAUAUAGGUAUUAGUCUAUUCUUAUAGGAGUAAUUAGUCCUACAUGUUCUACACACUGGACUUGAGCUGGUUUCACACACCCUCUCAGGCAUUUCCGUCCUUUUCUUCCAAGGUUUUUAAGCAGUUCAUCAGCUUUCAUGAGCUUGGAAAAGUUACCCAGCGCCUGUUCCCAUAAAUUCUGAGAUCCUUCAGGGCACUCUUUCGUGUGUGGUAUCUUUGGAUUUGAAUCAUCUGGAAUUCCUUCAAGUAAUGAUCUGCAAUUACCACAAUUCGGAGCAAUCCUUCGGUCCUGUAAUAUGGUAGAUAAAUCAAUAUGGCAACUCACAAAGGUUUGGUAUGGCUACUUACCUGAACUGUUUUUGUAAGCCAUAUAUCUAUCUUCUGAAUAAUCUCGCUAGGAGUGAACUCUUGAUCUUCAGAGCCCUGUUUCCAUGAUACACACUUGGCAAGGUCCUUCAAGUUUAGGAUAGAUUUAGUUUGUUUUUCACCUGACGGUAAUACUAAGACUGCGGAAUUCUGAUUGUUUAAAGCGCGAUCUGCAUGGGUUGAGAUUGUUUGGACGUAGUCACAGAAAAAUUGACGAGAAGAUACAAAGUCCUGUAAAGAGAUAAAGAGAUAGAUAGAUUAUAGCUAUAUACAUGGAUUAGAAAAUACCUACCUGCCUAGUGCAUUCGAUUACUUCUGGGACUUCUUCCACAUCGAAAUCACCAUCUUUAAUUCCUGAGCCAAUAUUUAGUGGUAUUUGUGCAGUGAGUUGUAUUUUUUUGUCAGUGCCCAUAGCGUUGUUGAGGCACUGACGGUAAUGCUGGUUGAUGGAGGAGUUCAGAGCCAUCAGAU